AUGGGCCCAUGGAAUCAUCUACUGACAGUCUUUCUCAUAGCAAAUGGCCGACACAUGACCAAAGUGCCCUCGGUUUUGUCGACUCACCCACUGGAUAGUAUGAUCUCGACUGUUGAGGAAAUCCUGGGCCCAACAGAGAUACAACAACCACGGAACAGUUGGGACUGUACAUUUUUACGCCCAGUCGACCCCCUCCCUUUCGACACAUAUCAGUUCUUGGACCGUAAAGGGGCGUUCAGAAUCCCCAUUGCACCGGUUCGUGGAGAGAUCCUUGUGGCGUAUAUCAAAUGGGUUCACCCUCUAUGCCCCCUCUUCGACCUAGCAGAAUUCCUUGAUGAUGUCGUCAAAUCUCGGGAGGGCAGAUCCCCUAGUCCUCUACUAUAUCAAGCAGUCCUGUUUGCAGGGAGUGCCUUUGUCGAUUCUUGUAUAGUUCAGGAAGGCGGUUAUACCUCUCGUAGGGAGAUGAGAAAGUCUCUGUUCGAAAAGACCAAGUGGCUGUAUAUUCUUGACACAGAAUCCGAUGCAGUGCGUCAGAUCCAGGCUCUGCUGCUCAUGACUCACUGGCAUGAGGUCGAGGACGAUAGCCACAAAGACCCCGACUACUGGCUUUCCCUCGCACACGGCAAGGCACAAGCAGCUGGUCUUUAUCCGCCCUUUGAUCGCCAUCAACAUCUUUCUAUCAAAUUCCAGCGGCGCUUGUGGUCAUGUCUGUACCUUCGUGACAGGCUUAUUUCUCUAGGUGUCCGACGGCCUCCACGAAUUCAAGACAGUCCAGCUCCUAUCAUCGAGAUAGAAGACCUUAACAUCGAGGCAUAUUCAUCCGAUAUUCAAGAUGCCCUACCAUAUUCUACAGCACGAUUCCUAACGCCCGAGUUUCAAGCUCACUCCAAUCUCUUAUACAUAGAGAAGAUCAAAUUGGCCGCAUGCGUGGGCGAAAUCCUCGAUGGCCUUUUUCAACUCUCCCUAACCCACCACCCAAACGAUCAUUCCCCAUCCCUAACUCUCAUCCCAGCCCAACCAUCUCCAGCACCAGCAAUCCAAAAAUGCUCUUUCCUUCUACAAUCCUGGUUCGAAUCUCUUCCCGGAGCAGCUCGUUUCUACCCGCCCUUCCCCGACCUGCCUCACGACAGUGACUCUGCUUCAACCGUGCUCCUGAUCCACCAGGCCGAUAUCUAUUUACUCUAUCUAGCCGCCAUGGCUGCAUUCUAUCUCUGUCUUCGUUCGGCUGUACAUGCAGAAACCAGACUUCGUAAUAUAGCGUCGGAGAUUACAAAAACUAUAUCUGAAUUACGUUCUGCGAGAUUACAGCUCUAUCUCCCUGGAACUUCGAUUACGGUUUUGCUCUUUGCAACAGCUACGCAUUUGUUGGAUUUGGCGUCUGCAUCUGGUGCCGCUUAUUCGUCUUCGUUGCUACUUUUGAAGGAAUGUGCAGAGAGUGCAGAGGAGUUGGGAGAGAUCUAUCCCCGGGCUAGUCUAGUCGUUUCGUUCACUUCGGCUGGUCUUGAAAAAUAUUCCAGGAAUACUGCUAUGUCAGGUAGAUCUCAUCGUAUAUAG